CCAUGAGUCGACCAAUUCGGCAGGCGGUGAGGCAGGCGGUAAGCACCCCGGCAUAUGUGCCUCAGGCGCAACCUCGGCUCAGCGAGUGACCCAAAUUCCUCCAUCCAUCCUACUCCCCCGCAAUCAAUUCAACUCGAUCACUGCACCGCACUCCACUCAGUCUUGUCCGACGGCCAUGAUCAUUAUCAACGCUCGCUAAUUUUGGUCUGGUGCUCAUUUCCCCUCCUUGCCUUUUCGCCCUCCGCGUUUCCUUGCUCUUGAGACUUCCCCGCUUCGCCGACUUCCGCCCGAACCAUGCUCCACUUCCGUACCGAAGGCUACAACGGCUGUGCGGUCAAGUACUCCCCGUUCUUCGAUAACCGGCUCGCCGUCGCCUCUUCGUCAAACUUCGGUCUCGUGGGUAAUGGACGGCUGUAUAUCCUGGAACUGACGCCCAACGGCAUUGUUCCGACAAAAUGGUUCACCACGCAAGACUCGCUAUACGACAUGGCCUGGUCGGAGAUGCACGAGAAUCAGGUUCUCACGGCGUCGGGUGACGGUAGCAUAAAGCUGUUCGACAUCGGGCUAAACGACUACCCGAUCCAGAACUGGAAAGAACACAACCGCGAGGUGUUCAGCGUAGGCUGGAACCUCGUGGCCAAGGACCGCUUCUGCUCUUCGAGCUGGGAUGGCACAGUGCGCGUGUGGUCGCCGCACCGCCCGCACUCGAUCGCCACGCUGCCCACCCACAGUUGCACCUACUCCGCGGCCUUCGCGCCGCACUCGCCCGACCUAGUCUCCUGCGUCACCUCCGAUUCAUACCUAAGGUUAUUCGAUCUGCGGCUACCAGCCUCAGCCUCCAACCACCUAGCCCUUCAGAUUCCCAUCCACGCCGCCCCCGUGUCACCCAUCCCCGGCAGGCCGGGCGUGCCGCCGGCAGCGUGCGCACCGUCGGAGGCCCUGACACACGACUGGAACAAGUACCGCCCGUCGAUCGUGGCCACGGCCGGUGUUGACCGCACGAUUCGCACCUUCGAUAUCCGCGCGCCCCAACAGGGCCCACAGUGCGUGAUGACCGGCCACGAAUACGCCGUCCGCAAGGUAGCCUGGUCGCCGCACCUGUCCAACGUCCUACUAAGCGCCAGCUACGACAUGACGUGUCGCGCGUGGAGCGACCAGACCGCGCCGGGGGCCGUCGGCGACGUCGAUAACAUGCGCGCGGGGCCGGCCCCGGUCAUGGGCAUGGAGAUGGGCCGCAUGGGCCGGCACACGGAGUUCGUGACCGGCGUGGACUGGUGUCUCUUUGGGAGCGAGGGUUGGUGCGCCAGCGUGGGGUGGGAUGAGAGCUUGUACGUGUGGGAUGUACGGGCUGUGAUGGGCUAACUAACGAUUACGGUCGUCUCUGUUUGAUUUGUACUUUUCUUUUUUUCUACGUCUGUAUUGGAUAUUAGAUUGCAUGAUACCAUACUACUAUCUGUUAUGUUAAAUGCGGUUGACGGCAUGAAUAUACUAG